AUGACUGGUCGCGGUGGAGGCGGCGGUCGCCGCGUCUUGCUCCCGCCUAUCAACAUGAUUUUUAAGCUCCUACAGAACAAUGCCACAGUCAGUGUCUGGCUAUACGAGCAGCUGUCCAUCCGUAUCGAGGGCAAGAUUCGGGGGUUCGACGAGUUUAUGAACUUGGUCAUUGAUGAUGCUGUGGAAGUCAAGCAAGUCACAAAAACGAACGAAAAAGAGACAAGGAAACCGCUGGGCCAAAUCCUGCUGAAAGGCGACAACGUCUCGUUAAUCCAGAACCUGUCCAACUAA